UCUCGUUGACGUCGGUGAUUCGAUCAUUGUUUUGGCAACUGGAUCGCGCUGUAAAAUUAUAGAGCGCUUAUAGCUACACUCGUUGAUUUUCCUACUGUGAAGACAAAUGUCUAUCACGGAGGUUUCCGUGACCAAAAUCCUCAAUCUUUCUUUCGAAACAGUGAACUUUAAAGACGAACCAGCCUUGAAGCUGGCGAAAACUGUCCUAUCAACUAGAAAGGAGAUGACCACAAUUUUCUGGGUUUCUACGUUGGUUAACUGCAAAUUUUUUUUGGUUUAUUUUAUUUGUCACAGGGUUACAAGAAGCUGAAUUAUAGAGAAGACGAUCCCAUUACUUCGCCGUCGCAACCGUCAAAUCGUUUCAUUUGACUACGAAGAAAAUUUAGCUGCAUUUGACUUCAUUUUAAAGAAAUCUUAAAAAAUCUUAAUCAGCUGAAAUUUGAGUCGACGAUUUGGACCACAUAUGAAUUGUUUGAAACUUCAGCAACAACUCAUCAUAUGGACAUCCUCACACCCUCAUAAGUAGUACUCCGACCUGGUUUUUAACUACUCACAGCUAUUACAGCCAAGAUUUCAUAGGAAACGAAUUUAAAAUCGAUCUAUAUAUAGGUACUGAUACAGAUAUUAACAGAAUGUGCGAGCAUAUAGAACAGCUAAAUCGUAACAAAACUGGUUUUUGUCACCGCUAAUUAAUGGAAAGACCUUAGAAAAACUAAAUAUUUACGAUGAAUAAGGAUGAAUGUACGUACUUAUGAUACUAUAUAAAGGUGCGCAUUGAUUGUAUGUCUAUUCAGUGGUUGAAAAAAUAAGUAAAGCAAAAAUGCUGUAUUUCUGGGACAUUUUUGUGGUAUUUUUUGCCUGCGUAGCUUUUCAGCUCGCAGAGUCGCGAAUUCAGAAUGAUUACCAUCCUUACAGCCUUAGCGCCUCCGACGAAUUAUCGGACAUAUUCAAUAGUAUAAUUGACUCCUCAAAAGAUGGUUCAAGUUCAUUUGUGCACGGAAUUAAUUUGGAGGAUACUUCGGCUUCUUAUCCAGAGGAGACGCAAGUGGAUACCUUACAGUACAUGGGGCAUUCAAUAGAAACUGAAUCAACCGAAUCUAGUGUGGGCAGCAGCACUCCAAGCGCAAGAACGUCGAAGAUGCGUUUGAGCUUAAGUGAAAGGCGUGAAGCAUUAUAUCUAUUUACGGACAUUCUGACGAUUGUGUAUUCGAAAGAUUACGUUGGUAAAACGCGUGACGUCUUGAAUAAACUUAUCCUUGAACUCGAAGCACUAACCGCGAAGAGUGACGAUGUUAAAGAGAGACUAACUGAACUAAAGGGUACUCUCACAGAACUGGAUGGUUUUGACAUAGAAUCCGAUGACUUACAAGAAGCCUCCGAUAUUAUCAGUGAUCUGCGGGGCGAGCUUUAUGAGCCUAUAAAUGAGCCACCAGAAGUGGUUGUCGCACUCAGAAAAGUUGGUUGGAUAGAUGUGGGUAACGAGCUGUCCGAGGAAAUGGUUGUAAUUACCCAUAAAUUUGUCACAGCAUUCAAUCAGUUUGUGGCUACACUAACGCCGUGGGAGCGACUGACGGAAGCCGACUUAGUCGAUCUGAACAAACGGUUUAACGACAACACAAUUGUUGACCAAUGGGAUUUGUUCAACGAGUUUUGGACAUAUUUCGAGUAAUUUACAAUUACUGCUGACAUGAUACGAACUUAUGUACCCAGAUCUGUCUUAUUCUAUACUUAAUAACAUUAUAUAUUGACUAACCUCUAUA